GUGCGCCUAUAGUUAUUAAGUGAAAGUGUUCAGUGAAUACAAAAUAAACCAAAAACUAAAUAAUUGAUCGGAACUUUCAUCUUUGAACCACCCUCAACUUAAAAUAAUAAUAAAUAAAAGACGUAACGGCUAAAUAAACGUCAAUAACUUUAAGCGAUAACAGUGCUUAAGUGUAAAACAGUCUAGUUAAUAUAGCUGUUACAAAGUUCUGAGUCUAAAUAGAGUGUGCCAAGUGUAGAUACUGAGUACCUGGAGUGCAUUUUGUAUAAAGCGACAUCUUGACAUUAAGCGGAACAACUGUGUUAAAAAUAUCUGAUCGUUUAACAUGCCUACAGCAAAGUGUGGUGGUUGUGCGAAAUUUUUGUCGCCAUUAGACGCUGCCAAAUGCAAUCACUGUAAUGGUCUUUACCACCGUGCUUGUGUUUGCCUCCCGAGCACUGGUUACAUUAAACCUGCGUGGCGCUGCCCUGAGUGUAGCAAAAACCAGGUGAGAGACAAUAAGGCAGAUACACCAGUUCGGACCAGGACUGCCCAGGUUGAAGAGCACUUAAAUCCUGAAGAACUUAUGGAGACCAGCACAAUGAGCUGCACGACCCUGGACGCUACCAACCCUUUAUCUCCGGAUUUAGCUGACGAACUGCGGCUAUUUAAGGAGGAACUACGAAAAGAAUUUCGCCUGAUGCAUCGGGAGCUCCAGCAGCUGCGCACGGAAAUGGCGCAACUCAAAGAGUCUGUUAGGACAUCUGACGAGCGUAUGGAGAGCUUGGAGGUGCGUGUGGGGUCCCUCGAGCAAAGGCUGGAGCAACAAGUCCUGCCGGAGAAGGGUUCAUUAGAGAACACCAUUGACGAGCUGAGGUGUCAAUUGAACGACCGAGAUCAAGAGCUAUUAGUCAACGAUAUCGAGAUCUCAGGAAUCCCUGAAAGCAGGGACGAGAGCACCCUCCACCUGAUUAAGAUUCUCGGAACAAAGCUCGGCGUCAACAUCGAUGAGAAAGACGUCGUUCACGUUGAGCGCGUUGGUUCCACGCACCGAAACCGAAUCACCAACACCAUCUCUGCCGACCCCAGUGCGCAGCGGCCGCGUUGUAUAUCGGUUCGAUUCGCGAGGCGAUCUACGCGUGACUCAUUGCUGCGCGCGGCCCGAGUGCGGCGCGGUCUGAGUACACAUGACCUCGAUGUGAACGGGCAAGCGCACCGUAUCUACAUAAAUGAGCGGCUUACGCGAACGAACCGCCAACUAUUUUACCUCGCUAGACAGGCGGGGACUCGGAGAAAUUGGAGGUAUGUCUGGACGAGGGAUGGGAGAAUCUUGGCACGCAAAGAGGAUGGCCUAAAGGCCGAGCGCGUCCGAUGUGAGGCCGAUAUAAGCAGGAUUUUUGGUUAGGGACCUGUUUGUUCUGUUUGCAAACAUGUGUUACAAUGUAGUCAUAAGUCACUUGUCUUACACUUAUUGUACUGUUAUUGUGUUG